AUGUCACACAUAGGGCCGCAUUUACUUUCUGUACCCAUCAAUGAUAGGCUAUCCACAGUAUGUAUUGAAUUUGCAGGCAAAUUCCUUGCAGGAAUUGUUAACUUUGAACGGAAAGCCAACGUAGUGAUUCGAAGAAUCAACGUGUUGAUGGAGGAUGAACGUGUUGAAGAUAAUGACAGUGAAUUUACAAAUGAAAUUCAAAGUGCUAGUGUAACUACGGAAAAUGUUGAUGCAGAUAUUUGCUCAGCAGAAGAAAUUAUUGAGUUGUUCGUAAUUCAUGAUAUUUUAAAGGUUGAGGAAACGGAAUUAGUUGAAGAAAGCACACUUGGGCAGGUUAUUAUUGGGAAUGAUGGUGAAUAUUAUGUUCUAUUAACAGUGAAUGCACCUGAUAUAGAUUUUGAAAGAAUAGAAAAUGUUCAAAUUUUGAAAAACGAUGAUGGCACCGAAACGCUUUUACUUGAAAUUGAUGAGAUCAGUGAGUCAUCACAUUCAUGUGGCCAGGAAGGAAAACGUGGGUCUUCAACUUAUACAGUUUAUUACUUGAUAAUAUUUAAUGUUUAUUUGCAAGAAGAUCAGUAUCAGAGCGAAAUAACAGAAGUGGAGAAAAAUGGCAGGAUCAUGCAGCAGUUAUUCGGAAACUGCUCAAGUUAUGAUGCUAGUCAGGUUGGACGAUAUAGGAGGAAUCGAGUAUAUGGAACUUACUCUUGUCCCGAAUGUGAUCAGACGUUCAUUAAUACUGCGAGACUGGAAAGACAUUUAGCAGUCCAUCAAGUUUGUGGCUCUUUUCAAUGUCCGCUUUGUCACAAGGUCUAUAAAUAUGAAUAUAAUCUAUUUUAUCAUUGGCGUCGAACUUGUCAUGACCUUAACGAAUUGGUACCAGCCGAAAGAAGAAGACUUAUGGAUGUAAAUAUUUUGCGAAAGAUGGUACUAAAGCAAGCACAGAAAAAGGCAGAAGAGACACCACCGCCUGUUAUGAAGAUUGGUAUCAACCCAAAUUUGCUCUUCAAAUCUGACUCAUUUAAUCUUUUCGAUAUGCAAGCUCCUAUUGGAUCACAAAGUAGUGUAUAUUCGGGUGUACCAUGCAAGUAUUGUGGUGUAAAAAUACCCAGUUUCGUAAUGCAGUGGCAUGUGGCUGUGCAUAGAGGUAUUAUUGCGGUAGAUACUCGAAGUGGCAGUGGUGAACAUUUUUGUAGUCUUUGUGGUCUCUUAUUUCGCCAACACUACAGUCUUAUUAAACAUUGGAGGAGUGGUUGCAAUGAGAUACAGGCACGUCUUCCGGACACUCGAGAUAUAUCUAUGGAUGACGAGACGUUAAAAGAUAUGGUAUCCGAUAUAAUGCGUGAAUUGAGUGAGGAGUAUUUGCAAAGAUUUAGUGGAGUUUCACUCGAAGAUGAGGAGGUGGUUUCACUAUCUCAGGACAUAUUUAUUCCUGCAGACAAGGAAAAAAAGUCAUCAGGGAUUGGUUCUGAUCAGGAUAUCAACCUUUUUCCAUCACAUGAAAUAUUAACAUCUGGAGAUUCCGGGGAAAUAGAUAUUGUUGCAACGGAAGAGCUGCACAGUUCAUGGAAUUAUUUAGACCAGGUCUCUGGAGACAGCAUAAAUUCUAAUGAAGCGAAUCCGGUACGUACUAAGUGGUCUUCCUCUCAUGGUAUGGUCCAGUGCUCAAUUUGUUCCCGUACUUUUGUUAACAUAAGCAGAUUGGAAAAACAUAUUGCGGGUUUUCAUACUACAAGUGGAUCGCACCCAUGCAUACUUUGCGGUAAUCGUUUUAAAUAUGAUUAUAAUCUUCUCUCACAUUAUCGUCGCGCUUGUCCGUAUACGAAAUUGUAUAUUGAUGCGGAGAAACGAGAACAAAUGGAUGCACCUACAUUACGUCGUGCCGUAAGAAUAUUGGCACAGAAGAAUUUGCAUCUCACUUCAUCACAGAAAAGAAUGAUCGCUGACAGAUGUGGAUUAGCAGAUAGCUCAUUAAUAGCUGCUCCGUACUUUCGUAUUAGACCUCCAUUGGAACUUAUGGUUAUGCGACCGGAUUUGCCCAAUGGAAAAUCGUGUCCCUUAUGUGGAGUGAUUUUUUAUGGCGAAAGUGCCGUUGAACGUCACAUGAAGGCUGUUCACCCAUCAGAAGUGAGCCGCUAUGUGUUGAGCGAAAAAAAGAAAAUAUUACAAGCUGCUCCAUCUAUUAAAGAUCAUUCUUCAGAAGGUGACAGUAAAUUAGAAAAUUUAUCGAAAGAAAAAGAUGAAAUUGAUAGUGCUGACUUCCCUCCGACGCUUGCACCUGAAGUACCAGUUCAGGAAUCAGUAACUGCAUCAAAACCUGCUAUCCGUCGUGUGUGUCGAGUUGAUGAAGAUGUUGAUGGAAAUCAAAUAUUUUUCGAUGAAAACGACGAAGUCAUUGAGCUGGAAGAAGAUGAAGAAGUGCAAAUUGAGUUUGACGACAUGGAUAGUAUUCAGCACUUAAUCGAAACUGGUCAGCUUGCAAUAGAAAAUGAGGAAGAGAGUCUCGUUUUAACAAGAGACGUAAGUUGUUCUUACUUUAUUAAAUUAUCUCCACAUUCAAAUUACUCGGUUUUUUUAUUAUUUGGUUACAAACUUAAUUGUAUUGCGUUUACUAUGCUAAUUAAAGUUGUUGUUAAGCAUUUUCUUGAGAUAAGACUUAAAAUAUAUAAGCAGGAUCCGAAGUAUUGUUACAAUGCCAAUUAUGGUGCGAGCAGUAGCACGUGUUUGUUUACUGAGAACGUUCAUCUUAUGGAUAAUGAAAAAUUUGUAACUCAUAUCAAGAACAGACAAACUCGAAAACAUAAAUAUGACGAAAGUUCAUUGCAUUAUGGUUAG